CUUGACUCUGUUCCAUAACCUCCCCCUCCCCUAUACCAAACCCCCAACAUGCCUCGAGAAAUUAUCAAUAUACAGGCGGGCCAGGCCGGAAACCAGAUCGGGGAGAAUUUCUGGAAGAUGCUGCUCGCUGAGCAUGGCUUGGAUGAGGAGGGCUUCUACACCGGAAAUGACCCCUUACAGCUCCCAAUGGUGGACGUCUUCUUCAAUGAGGUCCGUCAGACCAACGGUCAUAGCAAGUAUGUACCCCGAAGCGUGCAAGUCGACUUGGAAGGAGGCGUGUGCGCACAUAUCCGAUCAGGAAAGGUGGGAGCUCUCUUCCGGCCGGACACGUUCAUUACCAGUGAUACCGGAGCCGGCAACAACUGGGCGAAAGGAUUUUAUACGGAGGGUGCUGAGCUGGUUGACAGUAUCCUGGACGUCGUACGGCUGCAAGCGGAGUCUUGCGAUGCCAUGCAGGGUUUUCAGCUGAUCCACUCGCUCGGCGGCGGUACCGGUGCUGGCCUGGGCUCGCUGUUAUUGUCCAAAUUCCGAGAAGAAUACCCUGACAGGAUGCUCUCAACGUUCUCAAUCCUUCCCUCUCCCAAGGUGUCGGAAACUGUUGUUGAGCCGUACAACGCUCUACUUUCAAUCCACCAACUGGUCGAGAACAGUGACCUGACCAUGUGCAUUGAUAAUGAAGCGCUAUAUGACAUCACGGUGCGCACGCUGAAAGUAAAGGCUCCCGCCUUUGAAGACCUCAACUCCCUGGUCUCGCAAGUGAUGUGCGGCGUAAGCACGAGUCUGCGUUUUCCAGGACAACUGAACGGUGAUCUGCGGAAACUCGGCCUGAACCUGAUUCCUUUCCCUCGGCUACACUUCCUCAUGCCAAGCUAUGCACCUUUCAUCGACCCUAACAACAAGGCGUUCACGCGUCUGUCUGUCCCUGAACUGACAUCAGCUCUGUUCGAUCGGAGAAACCUCUUGGUCGCGUGCGAUCCGAGGUUUGGCCGGUACCUCACGGCGGCGACAAUAUUCCGAGGCAAAAUUUCAUCCCGAGAGGCAGAAUACUCCGUCAAGGACCUACAGACGAAGAACUCUACCCAGUUUGUCGAAUGGAUACCUGACAAUGUUUCCGUAGCACUGUGUUCCGUUCCACCUGUCGGACAAACACAGUCCGCAACGUGUUUGGCAAACUCGACGGCGGUGCAAGAGCUCUUCCAACGCACUUUGACACAGUUUGCGGCAAUGUAUAAGCGUCAUGCUUUCCUUCAUUGGUAUACAGGAGAGGGCAUGGAUGAGAUGGAAUUCUCUGAAGCAGAGAGUAAUGCGCAUGAUUUGAUUUCUGAGUAUCAACAGUACCAAGAAGCGACGUUGGACAACAACGAAGAGUACGAGGAGCAAGGAGAGUACGAAGAGUACGAAGAAGGCGUAUCCGACAGCCUCGCUAUUGCGGAAUAAUCUACCCUUUGGCGAGCGGUAUCGCUCCUAGGACCUGCGAAGUUGAACAUGACGCGCAUGCUUAAUUGUUUUCGUUUUCGCCGGA